UGCAUGCCGUUGCUGACGGGCCAGUGUAGACACAAUCCUAUCGCAAAACUCCCCUCGAAAUUUAAGGUCUGUCAUUUCGUCUCUGCCCAUCAAGGUUCUGAGAAGACACGCGAUGAAAGGAUAGAAUAUUGAAUACGAGACCCAAGGUCGCGUUUCAACAUCUCUUACUCGGAGUCAUCAUUACUUGCUCACAUGCGAACUGAUGAUGAAAUUGACAGCCAAUCCCAUAGCUUUUUCAUCGGACCAUGGAACUAGGGGUGACUUUGCCGAACUCAGUUAAUUUUUCCCGCGGAGAAAUCUCCGUAAAACGGCCCAAUGAGCCACAAUGGUUCAAGUAUGAACUGGGCCAGAACUCACAAACACAAUGGUAAAGCAUCCGUUCAUAUUCGUUUCAUAGGCCCAUAAUUUCAGCUUCAAACGACCAGUGAGUAAUGAUAUGCCUCUGGAAUGUUGGGUCAUCUGUCAUCGGGCCCUUCAAGCAGAAGCUUAAUUCGACCACAACCUUUUCUCGAGGCGGAGCAAAUUUCCCAUACUCAAAAGUGGUUCGCCCAGGCGUCGCUCGUGUUUGGAAGAAGCGAUGCCAAUACUAAUUGCUAUCACCUGCAGAAAUUGUCUGCAUAUGCCCGCAAUUAUCUGUUCUAUUGGACGCGCUUCAUCUUGAAAGUGGCCAUGCGGACUGUUUCUAUCUCAAAACGAGCGAGGCAAAUGCUCUCAAAACGAGGCAACCAGGCUAAGUGAGAAAAUGAUCGCUCUCUCGCCCAACUACUAAGAGUGGUGAUCGAGGUGCAUGAAAUGGCAAAUGACCCUUGUAAAAGCGCAGCAGCUGAGAAUAUAAGAAAGGGCUCCCACCCUAAAGAUUGACGUCCAGAAAGCGAUAAAUAAACCAGAGCCCAAAGACAAAAUUUCCCUCCUCUCGUCUCGCCUCUCGGUUUCAAUAAGUAUCAUUCAGGUACUGUUUGGCGUCCUUGGCCACAACCCUCCAGACUUCUGAAAGGUCGCUAAACAUCUGCAGGUUCAUGGAAAUCAGACAUUUGAUUGGUCCGACUGCCAUCCACCUCACUUGCCGCAAGACAAGCACACCACGGAUGACCGCCAAAUCAAAUUCCAUCUCACGUACACAAGUCGGUAAAAUUUCUGACAUUUGAGCGAUGGCCGACCCUCCAGUUAUACUUCAGAAGCGUCUGACGUGAACGCAGAGCCGCAAUGUUCAGAUCCCUCCCACUUGGUGCCGUCCUGUUUCUCGUGCUCGUGUUCAACACCCCUUGCAAAAAUACGUUGGUCUUUUUCCAGGGUGCAUGGACGAGUCCAAAAGAAGGCAGCGCCACCUUCCUUCGGCUCUGAGGUAACGAGAAUGAACGAGGUUAAACUUGCUGCAUCCUUACAAAGAUGGAAGUGCAGGGUCCAUUCUUCUACUUGCAGAAUUUCCAAUUCACGAAGAGUCUCAAGGCGGGGUACAUAGUUACAUCCCCAAUUGUGAAAGUGGCUAUGGAUUGUCAUGGUGCUCAGGACUUUCGGGUUAAUUACUUUCCAAGACACAUCCAGGCGUCGGUGUUUGCUCUACUCCAUUACUCCGGUGACGAUGCAUGUUGUGGCUUUCGAUGGCUCACGUCCACCCUCAUACUUAACUCUAAAUUGGCGACCACCCCAAGAAAUGGGCAACUGCAGAUUCUACCCGCUCGCUAUUACCCAUGCAGUUGGGGUAAUUGCUACCGAGGCCCAUCAUCGAACCAAUAGAUUCUUGAGGACCCUAUAUGAGUUCUAGAUGAGCCGAGAUAAUCGAACGUUUGACAUGGAAGGUCAUAUCUAUGUGUUGUCAAUUUCCCUUACGCCCUUGGUCUCCCCUAGAAGCUUCCGAAGUUGGUGCAGAUCGUCCACCUGGAGGCGUUGCUAUCAUGUUACCAUUUGCUCCUGUUCAGUAUCUAGCGAUCAAAGCUGCAUAUGUGAAGCAGCCACGCACUUAUUGCCAGGAUCUCCCCUCAUAGAACUCCCCUUGGUCCAAUGAAUAUCAUCACGAGGACCACUUUCGCUACUAUCGGGCACCAGUACAAUCUUUCCGAGAACUCCUCAUUGCCUCUUUGCUCACCGGUCACUCAUGUUCUAGAAUCUGGAUAAUUCUAUACUUGGGCAUCGUUCUUCAUGUUAUCUUCAAUAUGAUUUCGCAAAUUUGUCUUGGGGUUUCAAUAACCAAAGGACCAAAGCUCGUCUUGGAGUCACCAACUAUCCUCAGAAAUGUCGACUAAGACUAAGCACGUAAGUUCUCUAGAUACGAGAUUUUGGAGUUCAUUCUACGGGUCUUAAUGACUUCAGAGAUCACGAGGCCACGGCCCGAAGUCGCAAGGAUCCUCGUCCAAGUCUGCCUCGUCUCCAUCAGCACCAACAAGCUUUCUCUUCAUCUCCAACGAAUUGCCUACGAAUGACAAACCAGAAGAACUCGGCUCUAUGGAAGCACGAUAUGUCGAUGGCAGAUGGAGACCACCGCGAGACAUUCGCGGAUUCAAACCCCAACAACCAGGUUGGGUUUACCGAUGGACAGAUGGCGUCGUGAGCUCAGCAUCUGAUUACGCUUGGAACCAGUACGAUACGAUUGCUAAUACAGCAAACGGAAGAAUUUGGAACACUUGUACCCAGGAUGUUCCCGAGUACUACAGAGCUGCUACUGUGUUCUAUUGCAAUCGAUUCGACCUCUUCUUUACCUCAAGAGUGGAUGCCAGCAUGAGGAACUUGGCAACAGCAGAUCUCGAAGACGAUUGGCAUCCUCUCACCUUUUCCCAUAGCCAUAAUAUCUCUCGUCUGGAGCACGCAGGCGCUCAACCUCAUCUCGAUGUUCAUGCUGCUCCUUGGAUAGAUCAGCUGUUGCCAAACAGCUAUCGUCGGCAAUCUUCUUCACAUGAUCAUGCGCAUAGGGGAUUAGCUGGAGUUCUACCAAUUGCUGUGUCAUUGGUGGCAUUCUCCUGCGCAAACCGUAAUGAUCUUCAUGAAGCACUGAUCGGAGACUACGCCUGGUAUGGUGGGGAAUGGCGAGGUCAUCGAAGGCCAAGUGGAUGUAUGUUUGCUUGCAGUAUCUCGCCCAAUGUGGUUUUCUAACUUCCUGUAGGCGUCCCAGAAAGAGGAUUUGUUACUACAAUUUACCUCGAUCCAGAAAACCCAGAGGGUUCGACUGCGGAUAUUUUGUUUGACCUGGAAUACGGUCGUACCCCUAUAUUUCGCUAAAUUGCCGGGGACUCGGAACAAAACAAUCUACGAAUGCUUUAGUAUGGUGGCCGAUACAUUGAAUGAAAUAGUGGUGGUCUCGAAACUGUUUAUAGCAUGUCCGGUGCAUAGCGAGUACCACAGUAUCACGGCCUUGUUUCUCCCAGUGGUUCUUGGACAAAGUGAUAUAAAGCUUGGGCAUAUCAUAAUCUUGUUUGGAGGUUAUUUGGAUAAGCACGAACCUCAUUUUGGAUGGUCUGAUGAAUGCUUAGUCUCCUUCGUAUUGGUAUUUUGUUGCGGGGUGUCUAUAUUUAUUUUGGCAUUGGAUUAAUGCUGGCUAUUGUUUUCAGAUCCUCGUUCUUAUUCUAGUUUCCUGUUGUUUUAUUUUCCUUCCGCGACGUACCAUACUUUACCAUUACGUUAACCUUUCUACUGGAUUCGGCGCGUGUUACGCAGUCUUAGUCAAUGGGUGUUGAACUUUCAAAUCUCCUUACUAGCCUCUGAUGGACCAGAAAUGUGGCGGACAUGCCUUUCUAUUAGCGUAAUUUGAUCCCAAAGUAUUUUAUUAUUUUAGGUAUCGCAAUAGCAAAACCAUGUAACUAAAAGUCUCUGAAUAAUCAUAGUAAAUAUCUUAAUAUACUUACAUUUUGAAAAAGC